CAGCAGCCUCCGCGGCCUCCACACACCGGAAGCUGAGCGGCUGACUUGCUUGGGCGCUUUCGGAGAUCCCGAAACGCAAACUGGCAAACGCGAGCGAACUUGCUCGUCAGCUGGCUUGUCUCGUUCCCUUCUCGUUCCUUUGUUGUUGUUUUGGGAAAUGAUGAAGAGUCGAUCAGAUGAAGAAGAAUACUGGAACGCUUCCAAGUUUAAAGCGUUCACCUUCGACGAUGAAGACGACGACCUGAGAGAAUCGAAAUCGGCGUUCGAGAGCCUCGCGCAACUGCCGGACGAGGACGAGCGAGAUCACGUGGAGGAGGUCAGCUGGAGCGGCGAGCCCGUCGGAAGCAUCUCGCGGUCCGUCCGAGAGACGGCGGCGUCCGGUCGCAGGACGGAGGGAGAGGCCGCUUUCCCCGCCCGCGUAGACGCCGACCUCGCCAAGGUCAACUCGGGAUACUCCCUCAGCUCGCUCUUCAAAGGAAGGAGAGGCGCAAGUGUCGCGACGCUCGCUGACGUGUCGGGCGACCGGUCCGGCAGAACGGUCGCUCCGGAAAUCCGAAGACCCAAAAGUGAAAAAGAGGAUCUCGUUGGCGAUUGGUCGCCCCAAGAUGCCGUCAACAGGAUGCGGCAAGGGAAGCCGGUCCCUCUGGAGCGUUUCCGCUGCUUGCAGGACAAACUUCGUCUUCUGGAUCGUUCCGUGGACGCUCAGGACGGAAACGUCAUCACGGCCGUUUUAAUUUUCCUGAAGAAAAGUUUGAGCAAAGAGGUUCUGUUCGGCGAGCUGGCGUCGAGGCCGACGGCGCUGCGACAUCUUUUCGCCUACUUGAGCGAAAGCGGAGACGACGCGCUGCUGGCGGACCUCUACAGAGCUCUCGGACGCGUCGAGGAUGCGGCGGUAACUCGAUCACACGCUACGACAAAGUACACUCUGCUUCACUACAAAGAGCACCUGAGCAUCACGGAUGAAAAGAAGAAGCGGGACUUCCUCAAGAGCUGCCUCAGUCUGCAGUUUUCGCCUGAAGACCAGGUCCAGCUCCAAGACCAGGUCUCUCUGCUGGAGAGGCAGAUGCUCAUCGAGGCGACGGACCGACAGGCCGAACUAGGAGGGAAGGCGGAGAUCUUCCAGAAGUUUCCCCGAAGAGCUUCCAUCCUCCACAUGCCGCUCGUCACCACCUUGUACUACUGCUGCUUCUACCACUACGGCCAGCCCGAGGUCAGGUCAGCCCGUCCGCGCUCGAGUCGCGUCCGCGGUAAAGUGCCGACGUGUCGUUCUUGCGCCGGUCCGCAGGGGAGCUUCAGCAGCCCGCAGAACCUCCGGAACAGUUUCAAGAUCUCGGAGAAGCAGUUCUUCGUGACGGCGCUGAGCGCUCGGGCCAAGCAGAAGUCGUGGCGCGACGUGGACGCGCUGUUCGCCGGCCGCAGUUGGCUCGGCUUCACCAGGAAGAAAUCUCCGCUCGCCUUCCAAGUCGUCGUGGACAUCCUGCACAGAAACUCCGCCCCCGUGCACGUGCUGCAGGAGUACGUGGGCCUGGUGGACGACGCCGACGCCAGGAUGGCGCUGGCCCACAAGCACAAAUGUCACGACCUCGUCAUCAACGUGAGCGCGCUUCACGUCGGCCGCGCGGCGACGUCACGUGACCUCUCUCUCCUCUCAUCAGACGUAUCGAGACUUCAAAGACCGACGGCUGUUGCUAGGAUACCGAGGGAAGGUGGAGGCGGGGUCGGCGGCCGAGAGGAAGAUCGACGAGCUGCUCGACGGCUCGCAAAUCCGCUGGAAGAAUUGAUUGGCAACAGUCAACGGGGGUCCUCGCCCGGGGACCGAGCGUUCUGCACAUUCCGUGGACUCGGUUGCAAUAAAAAGGACUUGAAACAAAAACAAUGUGAAUUUGUACAAAUGGAGCUGAGCUGCUGGAGCCUGUGAAGAGCGACUCAUUCGUUUGGACAUGAAGAAUCCUGGAAUAUUUGACUUAAGCUUUAUUUUAAAAAUGGAUUCAAUCA